AUGGUGAGGAGUGAUCCGUGGCGGACGGAAACGCGCCAUGGGGGUGGCGAUCUGGGAUAUCGCCAGGAGACGGGAGCGUAUCGCUCGCCGGAUGCAAGUUAUCGCCGUCGCGAAGAUCGGAGGCGCGGGCGAGGCUUGGAAGGACUGUUUUCGGGCCGAGAGGGAGACCUCAACGCUGGCGGAGUAGAAGAAAGCGACGCGGCGGACACCUCGCAGGAGUCCGAGCACGGCGAUGCGGCGGAGAACGGCGCCGACGGCUGGAAGGAGGACGUGAGCAAGCAGCGCGACGUGCCUGCAGAAGCAACAGAAGCAGAUCUCGCGCAGGCGAGCGUGGCGGCAGAGACAAGCGCGGUGGAGGCGGACGGAACGAGUGGUGCUCGAAACCCGCCGCGCAACGGAGAGGAGCGUGGCAGCGAGAGGCGUAGCAGCAGCUCGCGCUCUCCAGAUUUGCGUCAGCAAUGCGACGCGGGAUGCGGCGACGGCGUGCGCUCGCCAGAUCACCGGCGCACUUGUGAUGGGGGGCGCGGCGACGGCAUGCGCUCGCCAGAUCCGCGGCGCACUCGUGAUGGGGGACGCGGCGACGGCGUGCGCUCGCCAGAUCCGCGGCGCACUCGUGAUGGGGGACGCGGCGACGGCAUGCGCUCGACAGAUCCGCGGCGCACUCGUGAUGGGGGACGCGGCGAUGGUGUGCGCUCGCCAGAUCCGCGACGCACUCGUGAUGGGGGAAGCGGCGACGGCGUGCGCUCGCCAGAUCCGCGGCGCACUCGUGAUGGGGGACGCGGCGACGGCGUGCGCUCGCCAGAUCCGCGGCGCACUCGUGAUGGGGGACGCGGCGACGGCAUGCGCUCGCGAGAUCCGUGGCCGCUGCAUGAGAGGAGACACGGAAGUGGAUACCACUCGCCAGAUUCGAGGCAACACCGGGACACCGGGGAGGCGGAUAUCGCUCACCGCAUCGGCGGCAGAGCAGGGAUGGGAGGCGCGGUGGUGGGUCUCGAUCGCCUGGCCGGUAUUGGCAGCACGACGGAAGAUGUGCCGGACAGGGAGGGCGGGAGCAACAUGGCGAUAGAGAAGAAAGCAGUGGGCUGGUGCACAGCCUGGAGCGAGCCAAGGAAGCAAGGGAGGGCCUACAGCGGGCAAAAGGAAGGGGAGCAUCAGGGAGAUCGGUGGGAGGGCCGAGCGAGGCAUGGGGAGAAGGAAGGGGAGGCACGGCCGUGGGCAUGA